AUGCUGUCGUUUCUCGCUAACAUGGACAGUAAUUUCUUGGUGGGAAUUGGCGUGGCCGUGGCCGCGGUAUCCGCUGUCAAGUAUUUGAAUAUGCGUGCUGAUGUAGCUCACCAACGUGCUUACGAAGUAGCCAAAGCACGACAAGAGGCACUCAAGAAGGAGCGUGAGAAACCCAUGAAACGACGUUUUUUCUCACCUGAAGAGCUCCUUCCCUUUAAUGGUGAAGAUGGACAGCCCAUUUACAUUGCAUUAUUGGAUGAAGUGUACGAUGUGAGUAGCAAACGUGAUUUCUAUGGACCGGACGAGGGUUACCACCUCUUUGCAGGUCGAGAUGCGUCCCGAGCAUUGGCCAAAAUGUCGUUCGAGAAGCAGGAUCUUGAUAGUGACGAUCUGUCAGAUCUGAGCUUUAUGGACAAGGAGACACUGAAUGAUUGGGUUACCAAGUUCUCGGUCUACAACAGCUACCCAAACGUGGGGCGUAUCCUCCGUCGUCGCGAUCUGACGCUUGAGCAGCUCAAGCAGUUUAAUGGCCGUGACAAUCCGCGCAAAACUGUCUACGUAGCUCUAAAUGGUAACAUUUAUGACGUGACACUGGAUGGGCUGGACCACUACGGUCCGGACGGAGGUUACAAGCAGUUUGCGGGCCGAGACUGCUCUCGGUCGCUCGCCUGCAUGUCGUUCCUGGAUGAGUAUCUGGACAACCCAACGCUUGACGGGAUCACGGAGCAGCAGCAUGAUGUGCUCAACAAAUGGGAGGACAAGUUCAAGGAAAAGUACCCGAUUGUGGGCAAGAUCAUCAAGUAG